AUGAAAAGUAACACGAUGAUGUUAUUCUAUUGUGAACUAGCUUUUAUUUUUGUCGUACAUGUUACACUUGGCGAAGGACACGUGCAUUCCAAUGGUCCAUUUGGAAAAAUUCACAAGGAAGUUAACAUACCCAGCCCAUUCAACUGUAACCGGACUAUCGGUCUUUCGACAAAUUCGCCGUCUGUAAGAAUUACUGAUCUACAAGUUUCAUCGACUCAUUAUUCCAAUAAAGAUCAUAUCAUUGUUUCCUGGACGCCGUUACCGAGUCCGUGCAAGGAUGAUUUCAUUGGUAUUUAUUUCGUUGAAGUGCCAGUCGAAACAGGUGCUUGUGAUUAUGCUGAUUAUGAAUUUGUCGAAAUUGACCAAAAUAAUUCAACAUGGUCAAUGAUUAAUUUACGUCGUCAAUUGGAAUUUCGUUAUUAUUCACGUGACAGAAAUUGUGCUGGUAAUUACCAACUUCUUGCCAAAUCGCCCGUUGUUGAACCAUUGAAUUACAAUGAACCAACACAAGUUCACUUGGCAUUUGGUGAUCGAAAUGAUCAAAUGUUUGUUUCUUACGUGACCAAUUCCAACCAGCUUCUACCACAAUGUCAGUAUGGUCUCGACUCAACUUCACUCGUUUUCCAGAUGAGUGGAAACACUGUAACUUACCAAGCAUCUGAUAUGUGUGAAGGCAAAGCCAAUGUAACAAGUCCACAAGCAUUUAUCAAUCCUGGUUACAUGCAUACGAUUCUUCUCGAAGAUCUACGCCCUUCAACAAUCUAUUAUUAUCGAGUAGGAAAUAAUGAACAUGGCUGGUCUCCAAUCUAUCAUUUCACCAAUCGACCUGCGACUAUCGAUGAUGAAGUCAAUCUUAUUGCUUACGGAGAUAUGGGCGUGUCACCUAUUCAAUCAGGUGCUAAAGCGACUAUAGAUCGAGUGACAGCUCGAGUUCAGACGAACAAUAUUACAGCUAUUUUACAUAUUGGUGAUGUGAGUUAUGCGCGAGGCAUCGGAGCGCUUUGGGAUGCAUUUAUGGCUCAGAUUGAAUUGACUACAUCUUACGUGGCAUACAUGGUUGGAAUUGGAAAUCACGAAUACGAUCAUGUUACUGGAGGUGAUAAAGAUCCAAGUGGUGCACCAGGUGAAGGAGGAUUUCGACCAGUAUGGGGAAAUUAUGGUUAUGAUUCGGGUGGUGAAUGUGCUGUGCCUAUGGUUCAUCGUUUCCAUUCACCAUCGAAUGGAAAUGGCCUUUUUUGGUACAGUUUCGACAUUGGACCAGUUCAUAUUGUUUAUUAUUCAACAGAACAUGAUUUCCGACGAUCAUCGCCUCAAUACAAUUGGCUAGAAAACGAUCUUCGUUCUGUCAAUCGCACUCGUACUCCAUGGUUAAUCGUUGGCUCACAUCGGCCCAUGUAUACAUCAUUAGUAGUCAUCGAUUUAGUUGGAUUGAUGUUACAACUCUAUAUAGAACCUCUCCUUUAUACAUAUCAAGUUGAUUUGAAUCUUUAUGCACAUAUUCAUUCCUACGAACGAACAUGUUCAAUGUAUCAACAUCAGUGUGUAGAAAACGGUAUCACACAGGUAUUAAUUGGCAUGGGUGGUCAUGACUUAACAUAUGGAAAUUACAGUGGUGCAGCAUGGAGUGUUUAUCAUGAUAUAGAGUUUGGAUAUACUCAUAUAAAGGCGAAUCGAACACAUUUAACAUUCAGUUAUUAUCAUACAGAAGAUGAUCGUCUUGUUGACCAAUUUCAACUGAAAAAAACUUGA